AUGCCGCGACGACGCGCCAGCAAGGCUUGUCUUCACUGCCGCCAGCGAAAAGUGCGCUGCGAUGUGACGCUGCGAGGGGUUCCCUGCUUGAACUGCCAGCUGGACCACCAGACAUGCGCAAUCCAGGAGCGCAAAUCCAAACGACCGCUGUCAGAUUCGAAAAUCGCGGCCUACCGUGAAGGCGGCUCGGUGAUUGAAGGCCUAUCGACGAGGCUCGCAGACGAGACGCCCUCGGGCAUCGACAGCAUAGAUCAAUGGGCCAAGCGACUAAACGGAGUGCCCCCGUUUGGCAAAGGAUCAUCAACAAGCCCUCACAGCGACGAACGAUCGAACGAAAGUAACUACAUCGACCUCGAGGGAUUCUCGCCCAAGACCGCCUCGGCAAUCGCGAAUGUACACAACGGCAAGACGAAACAAGGUCGAUAUGGAUCAGGUUCAUCGAGAGCGCCGGCCAAUGGCACCGGAUACAACAGCUACGACACGCUGCCCUUUAUCGCAACCCCUGAUCUGGGCCAUCUCUCAGCUCUGGAUGUUCGGUUUAUGCAGCUAAAUGGGUGUUUUGAGCUCCCCCCUAUGCCGAUUCUCAACGAACUAGUUCGGAUGUAUUUCCUCCAUACACAUCCUCUUGUACCGCUUCUUGAUGAGGGUGAUUUCUGGGAUUCCUUUUCAUGUUCUAAUGGAGAAAAGAUCCCCUUGCUUCUGUUUCAAGCGAUGGUAUUCGCUGCGUGUGCUUUCAUUCCAGAAGCUGUUGCAGAAGCAGCAGGCUUCCCCUACCCGAGGGCAGCCGCAGAGGCCUUUUACAAGAAGACCAAGAUCCUAUACGACUUUGAAAUAGAGUCAAAUCCCAUUGCCCUCGGCCAAGUGGCGAUACUGCUCACAUUCUGGCCCGGCGGACUACGGCUAGGCCUUACGAAAGCAAAUUCAGAAUGGCUGAGCACAGCCAUUCGACACGCGAAAUCCCUCCGAGCACAUCACCUGUCGUCGAAGCAUGCCAGCCAGCACACGCAAAAUAUCCCCCCCAAAACACGGAUAUUGCUUCGGCGACUGUGGUGGUGCUGCUACUUCCGCGACCGCUCCCUCGCACUGGCUCUUCAUCGAACGAUGCGGAUCCCUGGCAAGUAUCCAUUGCUGACUAUGGAGGAUUUUGAAAACGAAAUCCACCGCUCUCGCGUGUAUAACGCUGAAGCAAAGCGACGUUUCUUCGACAUCUUCAAUCAGAUAGCUAAGCUGGUCGUCAUCAUGACAGACGUGCUCCGGCUAUGCUCGAUUUCAGAAGACGGAAUAGAUAGCGAGACGACCAAGACGGAUCACCAUGCGAUGGCGAAUUGCAUGGCUCAGCUGCAAGCAUGGCAUGAUGAAACCAGGCUGCAGUUCCCAGACAAUGGAGAUCGGCCAGGGGUCCAGCCACAUUUUGUCAUCAUACAGACUAACUUGAUGUUUAUAUACUACUUCGCGGCGAAAUUGGCCAUCCACCAUCAAGAGAUUUUCUAUGCCGUUCGCGACUCCGACAACGCAAAUGGCGAAGGGCCGUAUCCCUUGCUUGCCGGCAAAAGCGACCAAGUUCGUGAUGCCGUCGACAACCUCAUCAAGCACCUGUCCAACCCUGUGCAGCUUGGAUUGGCGCAAUAUCUGCCCGUCAGCGUCGUUGCAUUUGUUGCCAUGCCCCUCCUCGUACAGAUCCUCAACGCAAAGAUCUUGUCCCGCGGCGUUGUCAGCUCGCGUGCGGCAAUGCACCAGGAGCAGCUGCAUGGCCUAAUCAAUCUAGUCAAGCAGUGCCACCGACGGCUUGGUGGAGUCGACGCCAUGUGUGUAAUUAUUCGACGACUAACAGACGCGGCUCAAUCCCGAUUCAUGACUGGAAAGGCAUCUCAGGUCACUGAGUUCAUCGAGCUGAUUGACUACAGCCCGCUUGAAUACCUGAGAUUCUUCCUGAACCUGGAUUUGAACCUCAGCAAUGCGACGUUGGUAGAGAAUAUCCGGUUCUCAGAGCUGAAGGAGGAAUUAGCCCAAUCCAAAAAGACUCCGUCAGAAAGCGAGCGCCAUACGCCGGUUCCGGAUGCAGAACAGGCCCUGUCAUCCACGCAGCCAACAGAGCCAGCCCUUCUACCCACAACUACACCUAUACAGCAAGAUGCAUGGGGCCUGAAUUUCCCGGGGGCCAAAACGGACCCUUUUGCACUGGGCGACUCUCCUUUAGACUUUGACGAGCUGCUAAGCGGGCAGGGCAUGCUGGGUAUCGACCCUUCUUUGAUUGACUUGGAAACGCUAGGAAACCCGUUCAUGAACCAACGUAUGGAAUGGGAGAUGGAUGCCUGGCUGCUGGGAGGAUCCUAG